GCUUAAUGUCGAGCACUGUAUUUUGUAUUUAUAUUCUGUCCUUUAAUGGUAGCAUCACUCUUAUAUUUGAUACUGACACAAAGGAGAAGGCACAGGCCUACAGAAAUAUUUUAUUGUCAUCAGAUGUAGCUUUCACAAUACCAGCAUCUAUAAUUAUUUUGAUCAGCAUUUUAUUGUUCAUAGCAGAGGGCUCUCUCAACUUGUUAUAUUUUACAGUUUGUCAAAUGAUACGAUUUUGUAGUCUUUGCAUACACAUGCACCCCUCGAAAGCCUGAAACCACAGAGCCCCCCCACAUAACAAAUCCCAACUUAACCCCUGCCUACAUUCACUCAAUCUACUUAAUCACAAAGUGCACGUUAUCAGCCUUUUAUUUUGCAUGAAUAAAUGCCAUUACCAAAACAUCCGAAUCUAUAGGUCUGUUAUAAAAUAUAAAUAUCACUGCAUUAACUACAUAUUGGCACAUUGUCUGAACUAUUUCUACAGGCUACUCAUUUAGAAGGCUGCAUCCUCCAGAGGUCGCAUUUGAAGGCUGUAUACGUCAUUGACACCAGCUCAUUUAAGAAAAACAACCGUUGAAAGAAAGAAAAAACAGCAUUUUGCACCUCACGAGGAAUAAGCAUCAAUUUUAUUAUGGUUAAUUUUCUUAAAUAAGACAUCCUUAAUGAUGUAUGCAGCCUUCAAAUGUGAGCUCCGGAGGACGCAGCCUCUGAAAUGAGACGCAGAUUCGAACAGUAACAAAGGCGCCAGUUUUACCAUUUCAAUUCCAGCGUGAGUCCUUGUCUUUUGGAAGUGCAUGCAAAGUGGAUUUGCUUUUACACCGUAGAGAUGUCAUGUCAACAUGUCAACAACACAAACCAAACUCUUCCAGUCUCAGCUUUUUGAAGUCUCAGUCUUCCAGUCUCAGCUUUUUGAAGUCUCAGUCUUCCAGUCUCAGCUUUUUGAAGGCAGGUCAAAAUAGAUGUUGUUCGCGAGCAACCGGCUGCCAUUACGCAAAUUUUUACAUUGUUAUGUAGGCUUGUAAUAGAAAGUGAGACUGGAAUUGCUGAAGACUCAUUUUGGCAGUUCAGAAUCAAUUCAUUCUUUAAGGCAAAAAUUACUUUUUUAUCCUGCACUUUGAUCUUUAAAACACAAGACAAAAACACACGCAAGUUCGACCCAAAUGUUUAAUGUCAUGAUUGUUACCAUUAGUAGCCUACCAUUAGUAUUUGCAUUAGUUUAUAUCCAGCUGGUCGCUUUUAUCGAUUAGUUACGCAGCAAAGUUGCAUAGCCUAAUUAAAACUAGUGUCAUGAGAAAGCAAACUGUAUUGUCAUGCAGCAGACAUAUAUAAACAAAUCAGAAAUGCAUUUGAUUUCAGUUCUCUUUUAUCAUCACUGUAAUACAAUAAAUCUUAUUUAAAUAAUAAUCAGUGUUCUAAAAUGGAAGCAAAUAAUGUAUUCAUACAUACAAUGUGUGUCUAAUGUCAAUGUGGCCUUUGUGUAGAUAUUUAAAUAUGGUCAUCUUUAUGCAUGACUGUUUUAUGGAUUUAUGUUUUCAUGGAUUUAUAUGAAAUGGUAAGACUUUAUAAUAAGAUUCAGAUUACAGAUGGUAAGGUUAAUAAAAGUAUUGUUCAUUGUUAAUUUCAACAUUUCAACAUUUUACCUCAUUGAACGUUUUCAGAAACUGUAUUUUUGUAGGCUAUGAUUUGUAUUUUUAUUGGACUACUAACGACAGGGUUCAGUGAGUGAAGGGUCGCACAUCGGUCGAUAAGCGUAGCGCCGCACCACGUCUUUAAAAUUCGAACACAUUGUCUUCUUUGGGGCUGUUCACACAGAACGCGCUUUUCUGCACUACUUUUUCUUUGUUUUUCUACGUAAACAUGCGCUAGAAGGACGUGCAGAACCGUUGCGCUCGCGUCUUGAUGCAUAACAUGGCGUUCUAAAGCCAUGAAUCAGUUCAGCUAAGUUAAAAAAAGUUUUAAAAAGCGUCUCGAGACCUUGCGGUUUCCCCCAUUCCACUGCCCGCGUCUCGCGUUUUUCAAAGCAAAAACGCGUUGUGUACGCACACAAGCAGCGCCACUGGGUCUGUCCGCGUUGUCCAGAUACUGAUACUUAGUUGCUUGCUGCUAGACGCGGCGCGUCGUAAUGAACUUCACGCGCAGAACAGCACAUGUAUUCAAAUCAAAGCAAUGUUAAAGGGACAGUCAUCACAUUAUAAAAUGCGGUUAUAUUUUUUCCGGCAUCACCGGGGCCCUCCCUCAGCCCGGGGCCCUGGGCUUAAGCCCAGGUAAGCCCGUGCAUUAAUGCGGCCCAGCAGGCAGGAGGACAAAAGCAUGCUGUGCCUGCCAGGAGAACCUGUGCAACCUAUGCCACCCAGAAAACCAGAUAGACUCUUCAGACCACUGGUGUUCACAGUGGGGUUUACAGGCUGCUCCUUUGGCACGGCUGCCAUCUUACAGUAUGAAUCAGUAAAGUCACGAGUGCAAAUGGCCAUGGAGGAGGCCAAAGAGGAGAAGCGGGAUAAACUCAGAGAGGGUCAUGAUACAACAUACUGGCAUAACUGGUGGAAUCAGCUGUCACACUUCCAGAAGCAGGUGAUUCUGGUUAUGUCUGUGGUCGAUGAUUGGUGGAGUGGUCUCAGUGAAGGACAGAAGACGGUCACAGGUAUCCUAGCUCUAAACACUCUGAUUCUGUGUUGUUGGAGAAUUCCUUCAAUGCAACGCUCUUUGGUCAAGUACUUCACAUCUGACCCUGCUUCCAAGACACGUUGCCUUCCCAUGGUUCUCUCUUCUUUCAGCCAUUACUCCAUCAUUCACAUGUUGACCAACAUGUAUGUGCUAUGGACUUUCUCUACUAGCAUUGUCUCUCUGCUUGGGAGAGAGCAGUUUUUGGCCCUUUAUCUGUCUGGAGGUGUUAUCUCAACAUUUAUCAGUUACGUGUUUAAGACAGCUACUGGUCUUAGGGGCCCUUCGCUUGGAGCGUCGGGGGCCAUCAUGACAGUACUAGCAGCAGUCUGCACCAAGAUACCUGAAGCAAAACUGGGCAUCGUCUUGCUUCCUAUGGUCAACUUCACUGCAGGAAAUGCUUUGAAAGCGCUUCUUGCUUUGGAUACAGCUGGUCUUCUUUUGGGCUGGAGGUUUUUUGAUCAUGCGGCCCAUCUUGGUGGGGCUCUGUUUGGAGUGUGGUACAUUGUAUAUGGUAAUGAAAUGAUCUGGAGGAAGCGUGAGCCACUGGUAAAAUUUUGGCAUGAACUAAGGAACAAGCCAACCAGCAGACACCGACCAGGUGGAGGUGGUGGUCAAGUUUAGGAUUAUUCAGCUACCUCAAGGUCACUGGACCCUCUUAUUUUAGACACUGAAAUUUCAUUCAACAUACUGACUGACUGACAUAAAUUCGAAGGAUUAGUGUAGAUACGUGUGUUAUGUUCUCCCCUUUCUCUCCCUUCACCUUCUUGUCUCAAGAAUGUCCUAUCAUUAAAGGCAAAAGUCAUAAGAAGAAGCCUAUAAAAAGAAUCCUCAUUAUGUUUCGCAGCAGCAGUAUUGUCUGAGGACAAAGGCAUUGAUCUCCACAUGGAGCUUAGUAUGUUUUGUGUAUAAUGAGGUCUGAGACCAUAUAUAAAAUCUGGGAUUCAAUGUAAAAUAAAUGUAAAAAUGUUUAAAGUGCCCCUAUUAUGUUUUUUUGAAUAUUACCUUUCAUGCAAUGUGUAAUGUAGCUGUUUGUGAAUGUAAACGAUAUGCAAAGUUGUUAAGCCGAAUGUGCACGAUAAAUAAAGUUAUUGUCGAAAGAGCGACUCCGAACCACAUAAACAAAUACUGAAACUGUCUUACUGAAAUACUUCUGCAAAUCAUCUGUGCCUCACUAUUACCUAAAAUUGUGUCCAUUAAUGCAGAUUGUCUGUCGUUCUUACUACUUAA